ACAAAAGUGAAAAUUAACAAGAUAUGAAUAUAAAAUAAAGAAGUUUAUUUUGGUGAAAAAAGUUCUUUUAAUGGAAAAGGUUAAUGUAAUGUGAACAAAUGGAUUAGAAUUAGUCCCUGUCUCAAUAAAAAUGAUGGAAAAAAAGCAAAUUCUACUUCUCCUUCUCGAAUUAACAUCAUGUGUUGUAUACACACACCAAGUUGACAUUAUAAAUUCUGUUUUAGAGUCAGAUGAACAAGAAAAGUUAGCAAGGCCUAAACAGACACGUGAUUCAGUUCUUGAGCCAGAAUUUAAAUCGUUUAAUGGAAAUACAUUAGUUUCCAACCAGACUGCAAUUCAGUUAAUCAAUCAAUCAACCAACCAAUCCAUUGAUCAACCUGGAAAUGAAACAAUCAAUCAAAUACAGUUAGUUGCUGAUAAUUCUACCAGUUCAUCUGUCAAUGAUAGUUUAUCUCCCAACAGCAGUGUGUCUGUCAUCAGCGGUUCAUCUGUCACAUCUUUUAACAUCACUUCAGCUGUCAAUGGCACCCUAACAGAUGUUGAUAGACCAUUAUCAAAUAUUUCGACAGAUGACAUAAAUCUGAAAACUACAGGAAACAUAUUAAAUAAUAUUUCAAUGUUUAAUGAGACUAAAGUGGAAACUUUGAAUAAAAACUACACACAAAGUGAAAAUAUUGCAUUACAAAGUAUCCACCAGUUAUUAAGUGAAAUAAAGAACAAAACAGGUUUAAAAGAUGAAUCAAUAAAUAAUGUUGAUGAGAGCAACCAAACAAGUGUUGAUUAUGAAAAACAAAAAGAAAAUCAAGAUAAAACUCAACUGAAAACUGAAAUUCCAGAUUCGUCUCCUCCAUCCGACUGCACUACAAGAGGAAUACAGGAAUUUACUGAGGAUUUUAGCUGGUCAGCAUUCAUGUUUGGUUUGGUUCUGGGACUAACUGUUGUGACGACAGUUGUUAUUAUAAUCAGGAAAAGAAAACAAAGGUCUCUGUCACAACCAGGAUUUAAAAUGUCCGAAUUCGAAGGAUCUGAAGUUACCUUACAGUUUGCUGAUGAUCAAGUUUCCUCCUGUUCAACUAAUGUUGGAAACUACAGACGAAGGAGCUCAGGGGCAAGUAAUCAUCAUGAAUUAGUUCUUUAACUACCUAUACUGUACUGUAGACUAUCCAUUUAACAUGUUCAAUUCUUUAGCUACCUAUACUGUACUGUAGACUAUCCAUUUAACAUGUUCAAUUCACAUCGGUACUUUAAGAUUUAAAUAACUCUGUAGAAAAUGUGAUUAUUGUCGUUAUAUUUUCUGAAACAAACACAGAAAAAAGAACUUGUUCCUGAAAAUUCUUUAAUCCCCGUUUAAAUUUAAAGUAUGCAAAAUGUUUAAUUACCUUAAAAAUGUAUAACAAUUUGAAAAGCAAAAUUAAGAACCUUCAGUCCACCCAACCCCAUUUGCAAAUAAAUAGUAUUUUUAUAUGUUCAUGAAAAAAUUAAGAAAACAAAUAUUUAGGAUUUUUUUUUAAAAAAAGGAUAAGAUUUUAAUAUUUAUAUGAACACAUAAUUUGUAAGAAUAUGUACAAUAAAUGUACUAAAAACGU